UUUACAAGAAGCCAACUACAAUACAUAAAAGAACUUGGAACAUCAAGAUUUGGCAAGGUCAUUGUGCUUCAAGGAGAGGGCAGUGACAUCCAGCCAGGUAAGAAGAAAUUAAAAGUCGUUGUGAUGAUGUGUCAUGAUGAUAUGUCUCUCAAAGAUAAGUUCAUCUUCCUUCACGAAGCCAGUGCUUUCAAGUUACUUGAUAGCAGGAAUGUAUUGAAACUCUACUGCCAGUGCGUGGAGUCCAGUCCUUAUCUCACCAUCCUUGAGUCUUGUUCGCUGGGGGACUUGAAAUCAUACAUGAGAGGACAAAAGUUAAACAUUGAGAAGAUGCUGGAUGGUGAUGUCAUCCUCGGCAUGAUCUGUGAUGUUGUUGCUGGCCUGCAAGCAAUCCAUAACAUAAAUUUUGUUCACAGAGACCUCUCUAUGAGAAGCUGUCUUAUUACAAAUGAUCUGACCGUUAAGAUUGGAGAUUAUGGGCUCAAUGAAUACAAUGAUGGAGUGGGAAUUCCAAUUAGGUGGAUGGCCCCGGAGUCACUUUCAUUUUCAGAUGGAUUGCGUGUCAAUGAUAUAACAAAAAAGUCCAACAUAUGGUCGUUUGGGGUUUUGAUGUGGGAGCUGUUAAGAUGCGGUGACCUUCCAUACCCUGGCCUUUCCGAUCAGCAUGUCCUUCGUUUGGUUGUCAUGGAAAAGGAAGUGAAACUAAGCAGACCCCUCCUUUUGAAUGACAAUGUUCCAUAUUUGUUGGUUGAUUUUCUAUUGUUACCAUCAAUUACUCAAUGA